GGAGGGGUGAUAUCCAGCCCCAGCUGGACAGCGCGCUCCAGGACGUCAACGACAAGUACCUCUUGUUGGAAGAAACGGAGAAGCAGGCGGUGCGGAAGGCUUUGAUCGAGGAGCGCGGCCGCUUCUGCACCUUCAUCUCCAUGCUGCGGCCCGUGAUCGAAGAAGAAAUCUCAAUGCUAGGGGAAAUCACCCACCUUCAGACUAUUUCGGAAGACCUCAAGAGCCUGACCAUGGACCCCCACAAACUGCCGUCCUCCAGCGAACAGGUGAUUUUGGACUUGAAGGGUUCCGAUUACAGCUGGUCGUAUCAGACGCCGCCCUCUUCGCCCAGCACCACCAUGUCCAGGAAGUCCAGCGUGUGCAGCAGCCUCAACAGUGUCAACAGUAGCGACAGCCGGUCCAGCGGCUCCCACUCGCACUCGCCCAGCUCGCAUUACCGCUACCAGCAGCUCCAACCUGGCGCAGCAGGCCCCGUGAGGCUGUCCAGCGUGUCCUCCCAUGACUCAGGGUUCAUCUCCCAGGACGCCUUCCAGUCCAAGUCGCCAUCCCCCAUGCCGCCGGAGGCCCCCAACCAGUUGUCUAACGGGUUUUCUCACUGUAGUUUGUCCAGUGAGUCCCAUGUGGGGCCCGUGGGCGCAGGCCUUUUCCCUCCCUGCCUGCCCGCCUCCCGGCUGCUGCCCCGGGUCACCUCUGUCCACCUUCCAGACUACGCUCAUUAUCACACCAUUGGGCCCGGCAUGUUCCCGUCAUCUCAGAUCCCUAGCUGGAAGGACUGGGCCAAGCCAGGCCCCUACGACCAGCCCCUGGUGAACACGCUGCAGCGCCGCAAGGAGAAGCGCGAGCCAGACUCCAAUGGAGGAGGGCCCGCCGGUGCGGGCGGCCCGCCGGCGGCUGCGGACGAGGCCCAGAGACCGCGCCGCAUGACCGUGUCGGCUGCCAGCAGGCCUGGUGAGGAGAUGGAAGCUUGCGAGGAGCUGGCCCUCGCCCUGUCGCGCGGCCUCCAGCUGGACACCCAGAGGAGCAGCCGGGACUCCCUGCAGUGCUCCAGUGGCUACAGCACCCAGACGACCACACCGUGCUGCUCCGAGGACACCAUCCCCUCCCAAGUUUCAGAUUACGAUUAUUUCUCCGGAAGUGGUGACCAGGAGGCUGAGCAGCAGGAGUUCGACAAAUCCUCCACGAUUCCGCGAAACAGUGACAUCAGCCAGUCCUACCGACGCAUGUUCCAAGCCAAGCGCCCCGCCUCCACUGCCGGCCUCCCUACCACUCUCGGACCUGCCAUGGUCACCCCAGGGGUAGCCACCAUCCGACGGACGCCUUCCACCAAGCCUUCUGUCCGCCGGGGCACCAUUGGAGCUGGGCCCAUCCCCAUCAAGACACCAGUGAUUCCUGUCAAAACCCCCACUGUCCCAGACCUGCCGGGGGUGCUGCCAGCACCCCCAGAUGGGCUGGAGGAGCGCGGGGAGCACAGCCCCGAGUCGCCAUCCGCGGGCGAGGGCCCCCAGGGUGGCCCCAAUGCGCCCACCUCCAUGUGGAGCGGCCAGGCCUCGGUCAACCCUCCACUUCCAGGCCCAAAGCCCAGUAUCCCCGAGGAGCACAGACCGGCGAUUCCGGAAAGCGAGGCCGAAGACCAGGAGAGGGAUCCCCCAAGUGCCACGGUCUCCCCAGGCCAGGGCGCAGAGAGUGACCCUGCAGAGCUGAGCCCGAGAGAGACUCCGCAAGGAGAAGAUAUGCUGAACGCCAUCCGCAGGGGCGUGAAGCUGAAGAAGACGACGACGAACGAUCGCUCGGCCCCCCGCUUCUCGUAGGCGCUCUUAGGCUCGCAGGGAGGGGUGAACUCUUUCAUGAAUACAAGCCUAAUUUGUCUUGAUCCAUUCCAAUCUAUAAUCAAACAAGAUAUUUUGUAGGCAACUCAGAAUACAGCUCUUUUGAAAGUACCCGACAUCUUUAGAUAAGAAUUAAAAGCAACAUAUGUAACUGACAUAAUCUUGAUCUUUUAAUUUGUAAAUAUUGACAGUUUUCUUUCUGCACAUUUUAAUCUUAGUUUCCCUUUUGAUUUUUCUGAAGGUGCCAAAUUCCAUUUAACUUUUUUACAAGUCUUUGUAAAAUUUUAAAUGCAUACGGGGGAGGGGUGGUUGGGGCAGGGGAACCAAUAAGUAGUUAAUUUCAGAAAAGGAUUAAUAUACUCGGCUCUUUCUUCUUUUUCUUUUCCCUGUAAGCUUUUGUAGAUGCAUUGUAAUAGUCUAGCUUAGAAGCAAACUCGAGUUAUUUUAAUGUACAAACAAAAUGGCUAAGGGGACGCGUCCCCACCUACCAUGCGCCGUUCUGGAUGGCAAGAGCAGGAGGAGCGAUGACGAGCAGCACAGACAGGAGCAAAUCUGGAAAAGGUAGCCUGUUGGGAUUGGGGGGAGGGCCGUGGGAGGGGCACACUGUCAACAUAGCCGAUCCCGUUCCAUUUAAACUGUAGCCUCGUAGCUUGACUUUCUAGUAGCUUUCAUGGUAAAUGCAUCCAAAUAAGCCAUACUGGAUUGCCGUGUUUGUUUCUGUAGGGUGUUUAAGGACUCUGUUCCGCCACGCUUCCUCCCACCCCGCACACAGCACCCACCUCGUCCCCAGCAUGCCGCGCCGCCGGGUACACGUAGUCCCCCGCCCCCCACUUCAGUUCCUCCUCUGCUGUACUCACUUUCACGGAAUCACACAUCCAAAAGGGUAAGGCAGUUUAAAACCACGAAGACACUUACACAAACGAGAGCAGGGAAUUCUUAGAUAGAGUAAAUGCCUUUACUUAGCUGUGCCCAGCAGGCUGGGUGCAUUGAAAAGCCCAAAUAUUAAAAAAAAAAAAAAAAAAAAGAAAAGAAAAAAAAAGAACAAAGAACUCAAGCGGAUUUAACAAGGGUAGCCAGCGUGGAGUCCGGCCACUGGCCAGUGUGCUUACGAACCUGGGGGCUUGUUUUUCGUACCUUCCUCUGAAGGGAUGGCAGUUAGUUGGCUUCAUACUACACACUGAAGACAGGAUUGAUUUAUCAUCACUGGGAAUCCGCCCAUGAUCCCGUCUGGGUUGUUUUGGUUGUUGUUGCUGUACUCUAGGUAAUUUUUUUUUUUUUUGGAAUGGAGUUGUCUUUUCUUCUUUAAGUGGAAAUCUGUUAUAAUGCCCAUCCCCAAGUCAACAGAGAUCUGUAGGUUUAAAGGGGCCCUGCGUGGAGCAGCCGAGCCCCCUGCCGGUUUCUGUUGGCUCUGAUUGUCACUGACAUCAUCUUGUGCUUUCCACAUCACCUCACUGGACGCGAGAGGCACGCACCUGUACAGCCGUCGUUCUGUAUAGUAACGCUUAACCUGCUGUGAUUGCUCAAGGGCAUUUUCUGUUCCGGCUUUAAAGCAAAGGCAUGAUUAUUAGGAACUAUUUAAGCGUUUUUUUCUUUGAAAAACAAGCUCCUUUACAGACUAUAAGCAACAGUAGUGCCUGUGGUGUAGCCCGCCAAUCUUGAUGACUGAAAGUAGCUGAUGCAUUGUGCAUAUGAUGCUGGAGGUGGUUUCUGCAGAAGCAGAAAUCGCCGCAAGGUAAUUACAAUCGGUAAAAGUGGUAUUUUAAACCUUUGGAAUAAAUGGAUGUAACUGUACCUUGGUACAGCUUCUCACUUGUUUAGUUUUUAAACGUUAGUAUAAUCUGAAUAAAUUUAAUAUAAAAUGUUGCCAAAUUCAAUGUAGAAAGAAUGUGACGAAACACCUUGGGUAGUUCUGUUUGUGUUUUUGCAUAUUGUAAAAGCAGUGUCACAGCUGAAAAUAAAGAGAUCCUUUCUAAAGGUAAAUUAUUGUGGUUUAGUUGCUAGUUUGUACUGAGAGUUGACCUCUCCCUGUGCAGUUUUUUGUUCUGAACUUGUAUAAAUAACGAUUGUGUACUGUGUCUCCCUUCUACAUUGUAACAAUUGCUUCAGCCUACAUAAAUAAAGAACCACUAGAAAAAGAAA